AGGCAGUCUGUGUCAAAGAGAAGAAGGAACAGACACAAAGUGCUUCACACAGACUGCACUACUGUUUUACAAGAGUUAUUGAUAACAGAUGGAAGAAAAGAGAGACUCGAGUUUUCAUUUUAAACAAAUAAAGCAAUUUUGGAGAUGAAAUCAUGACCAAAGAUGAGAGACCAUGGAGGAACAAACAGCAAAGAGUGAUGCAAAGGAUGGUCAGCUGAACCAUAUCCCGUUUUUUCAAUCUGUGCUGAAGAAACGUCCAAAAGGGACUUUCAACAAUCCCAAAACAGAUAAACUCCCAGAUACAGAAGGAUACUCUGAAGGAUGUUCAAUAAAUAAACGGAGUAAAGAUUCGGAUAGCACGGGCAGAACUUGUGGUGAUGAGGAACAGUCACGUUCUGGCACAUUUAAUGUGUCUGAGUCAAUGCCGAGUGAGGCAAGUCAAGGUCAGCGAAGUGAUAUUCCACUCCUGGAGUCUAUGCUGAACAAGCUCAUGAUCCAAAAGGAGAGAGCCAACCAUCACUCAACAGACAGACCACGUGUGCUGACAGAUAAGACCUCUAAAAGUAUGUUUCACCACUCUGUGGAGUCUUUAACAAAUGAAGACAGGAGUGAUUUUGAUUCCAAAGUCAGAACUGAUGGCGAUGAGAAAAAAACAGCCAGGAGUUCUGACAGAGAAGAUGGAAAAGAAGAAUCCAAAGGGGCUCCAGAGGAGUUUCCUAAAUGGGAGAGAAGGAUUUUCAGCUCUGUUCCUUUGGCAUUGCUAACUAAGGUGGCAGAGUUGAAAGAAAGUAAACUGGUGGAGGUCAAAAACAACAAAGACCCUAGCAUGGUCGAGGACAAGUCUGAAGCUGCAUUAUUGUUGGACGAACCAUCUCAACAAUCAUCAGCACCAAAUCCUGACCUUUCAUUUUCCUCAGACAGAGCUGACUUUGCACAGACUAAAACUGAAGUACUUGAUGAGGCUUGCUCUGGUUCUUCUAAUACAGUUAGCAUGGACACAAGCAACGCUCAGACUGCUAAAAAGGUAGUAGGAAGGACAACAAGAUCUGCUUCAGAGCCAGUGAGCACCAAGCCUAAAGAAGAGAGACCACUAUCAGCCCCGAGUGCUUUAAACUCACAGGAAUUUGACAACUGUGCAGAUAUAAUGACACCGAAACACUUGAGCAAAGCAGCUGAGAUUGUAACAUUGGAGAAUUCAGGUAUGACAGAACAAGAUAACUCGCUCGCCAAAACACAGAAGAAAGGAGUGAAACACAAGAUGAAGAAUUUUACUCAAAAACUGAAAGAAAGGUUUAAAGAAAAGCAGGAUUGUGAGCAGAACACAAGUACGAGUGCAGAAGACAACGUGGAGGAAGAGGAACAGCCUAUGGAAGCUGAGGAUCCAGACAUUCCACCACCUCUCCCAAUGAAAAAGGGAAAAUAUGUUAUCUUAGACAGAAAAUUUACCUUAAGAGACUUCAAACUCAAUAUUGAACCUAUCAACCUAAUGGAGGAAAUAUUCACAGGAGACGAAUGGCUCAACUACUUGCCUAGUAAAAGCAGUUUGGAUGAGAAAGAUACUAGUGAUCAGUCAAUCUCGUGUGAUCUUUCCAAACUAGAAACAGAUAAUCAGGUCGGCGUACCUGAGCCAAUACCAGAACCGGACCCACCAGAGGACAUAAAGACCACUCAGGACAGUGUUGAUGAUGUUCAACAAGAGGAAGCUGCAGAAGUCAACAGUCAUGCACGAGUAGCACGUGUAGAACGAGUUGAAUCAGAUGCAAGUGUUUUUGCCAUCCCAAAAUCACUUCUAACUAAUAAUGCUGUUAAACAGAAGACAGACUGUGAGUCAAAGAAAUCAGAUGACAUCUAUGACUGUGUGGAAAUCUAUAUUCUUCCCAAAAAUGACAUUCCAAUAGCGAAAAGGAAGGCAUCAGAAGUUAAUCUGAUAGACUUUUCAGCAAUUAAGUCGUUCGCAUUGUUGGACAACUCCGCCCUCAAGAGUCGAAUCCGUCUUAGCAAAAAGAGACCCCACCGACCACCAAAAAAACACAAAAAAGUAAAAGCAGAAAAGUCAAAUGCCAUAUUCUACAAGAUUCCCCCAGUCAUCCUGACUGAAUCUCCUUUGACCGCAUUUCUACCACGUCACAGCACCCCCUUUUCCACACCUCCUGAUUUACCUACAAAAUGCACUCCUAGCCAGUAACUCCGGGACCUCUGGAGUCUUCAUCUGCAGCUGUCAAGUCAAUAACAGUACAAGCAGAGCUGAUCACUCUCUAUAGCUCACAACAGCCAAGACAAAACUUUGACUGUAUGUAACUUCACAGCUACAUGUCAGCUAACAGUUGUUAGCAUGGUUUCAAUUACAAAGUUGUGCACAGUUUUUGUGAUUUUAGAAAAUAUAUAUAAUGAAGUUUAUUGAAUUUUCAUAAUAAUACACGUAUACUAAGAGAUCAUGAUUGUGGCUGCUGUAGCCAAGGUACAGCAGCAAAGUUCCUUGAUUAUAAUGCCAGAACGAGAGAAUAGUUCUUAUACAUGUCGGCUUAGAAAAUGUCAACUUUUUGUUGCCUUUAGUACACAAUGUAACAAGUCAAGCUUUAAAUAGCAAAAUAAGCACAAAUAAUUCUCUUUAGCACAACACAAUUAACUAUUUUGUAAAUCAUUUUUGAGUGAGAUGCUAAUGGUCUAAUCCGAUUCAAUGAUCUAUGCUAAGCUAAGCUAAAAGUGCUACUGCCAGGUCCAGAAAUCGGCUGAAUGGAUUCAGAAAAGGUAAAACUCACCUGUUUAACUCAGUGUUCCUUUAAGACGAUGGAUAAUUCUUCAAUUUUUACACUAACUAUUCUUUUAUUUUUUAGAACAGAAGUUAUAAAUAAGAUUCAUCAUGUUAAUGUACAUUUAAAGAUAAAAUGUAACUUUUAUAUUAUUGACAUUAUUAGUACUCCUGUUCAUUUAUAACUGCAGAUUAUGCAGAGCAUUGUCUUUUUCCACAGUACAAUCACAUUUAUUAUCAGACAAUGUUAUAUUGUGUGUUUUUUCUGUGUCUUUGAUUAUAAAGCCGCGUUAUUGUGUUCUUCCUUCUGAGAAUGAAACUCUAGAGUAUUCAAAAUGUGACGGCUAAAGUUUAUAUAUCUUUCAAAUGUUCAAAUAUUUCUUGACAAAUAUCUCUUAAAUGAUCUGUUUAUUUAUAGAUCUUUAUGUAGCAUAAACAUGUUUAAUUUCAUAAUUCAUGUCAAAGAUUGUACAUAAGUAUAUUUGAAGCACUUUUAACAAAAAGAAUAAUAUGAACAUUCAAUCAUCAGACAGGCAAUAAAUAAAAUCAUAUCAUUUUGAUUGCAAAAAA